AGGGAGGCGUGCAGAAGCUUGUGGCAGAUGAGAGGGAGCAGGCAGGAAGGCACCAAGCAUGGGAGCAGCUGGACGGCGGCGAUGUGGCUUCUGCUGCCUCCUCUUCUGGUUCUCAUCGUGCUCAAGACUGGUUUCCUGCCGCAGGUCGCUCGCUUUCGGGAGACUGGAUUCAUCAAACUCGCAGACAAAAUGGUUCACAAGGAUUUAACCUUAGGUUUGGACGGUGCAAGAUGGCAGCAGCCGCAUGACAGUGUCAAGCGAGAAACUGGAGAAGAGCACAACCAACCACACCAAAUGCUUGCCACGAACAGCCCAAAAGAUACUUCAUUGAUAAAUUCAGACGUGGCAGCACCAAUCAGCAAGUUAACCUGCGACUUCAGCAGCGUUCACUCUGACGUCUGCACAAUGGAAGGCGACUUGCGGAUCCAUGGCAAAUCGGCCACAGUCUACGUCGUCUCAGCAUCUACCUUCAGCCCAGAGAAUUCAACGAUCAAGGUCAAGCCAUACACGCGAAAGUGGGAGAAAGAGACCAUGUCGAGGAUCCGGGAGGUCACCAUGCGAUCCAUGCCGCCAGCACCUUACAGUUUCACCAUCCCACCGCGGUGCACGGUCAGGCACGACGUGCCAACAGUGGUCUUCUCCACCGGUGGCUGCGGUACAAACUUCUUCCACGCCAUGAGCGACCUCAUCGCCCCGCUCUACAUCACGGCCCGGGAGUAUAAUGGCCGCGUCCAGCUCCUCAUCACUGACUACCAACCCAAAUGGGUUGCCAAGUUCAGGCCGAUCCUCGCCGCUCUGUCCAUGUACCCGGUCAUCGACUUCGAUGCCGAUACCGUGGUGCGCUGCUUCCCAUCAGCACGCGUUGGGUUGGAGAGUCACAGGAUCCUUGGUAUCGACCCGGCUCUCUCCCGGAACGGUUACACUAUGAUGGGGUUCCGUGACUUCCUCAGGUCUAUUUUCUCUCUGCAGCGGCCAUGGACGAGCCCCAUAAGCAGGAGCUCAGGGAGGAAGCCUCGGCUUGUCAUGGUUCUGCGGCGCCACUCGAGGGCAAUAACGAAUGAGGCCGAUGUCAUCACCGCCAUGGUAGAUCUCGGCUUUGAAGUGGUUGCUGCUGGACCGAAGGACGCCAGUGACAUGGGCCGAUUCGCCGGGGUGGCGAACUCCUGCGAUGUGAUGGUCGGCGUCCAUGGCGCUGGGUUAACCAACAUGGUGUUCUUGCCUCAUAAUGCCACGAUUGUUCAGAUCAUUCCCUGGGGGGAGAUGAAGGUGGCAUGCAGGUAUGACUUCGGCGAUCCGGUGCCGGAUAUGGGGCUCCAGUAUGCAGAGUACGAGGUGACCGCGGAGGAGACCACGCUGAACGAGAAGUAUCCCAGGGACCAUCCCGUGUUCACAGACCCACAGUCCCUGCACCACCAGGGUAAACUUUGGGAGAUCUUCCUUGAGGGCCAGAACGUCACCCUGGAUAUUGGUCGCUUCAGAGAGGUAAUGCAGCAAGUGUACCAGUCCGUCACCACGGAGUAGACUAGAAGGCAUGCAUAAGGCUGUCGCUGAAGUGAUGGACUCGACCUAUGUGUAAUUUUCCUCUUCUUUUGUGGUUUUGUUUUUCGGCUAGUUACUAGUCAUUGUCACUCGCGAGCAUUAGUCACAGUAUAGUAUAUGAAAAUAGCGUGGAAGUGUUCAGAGAAAUUGAGGGUUGUAGCAUGGGCAUAGGCGCAUAGCUUGAUAGUGAAAUGGAUACGAAAA